AUGGAAAUUGAUCAUACAAAACUAAAAGAAAGUUGUGUACAUCAAAUUACACAACUUUUCGUUCAAACAUUGGAAAAGAAUAGAUUAAAAUUUACAAACAACUUUUUCAAUAAUAAUUAUAAUAACAGUGUAGCAGCACUAGGAGAACAAGUAUACAAUGAUGCUAAUCUCAACUAUUUUCUACAACAACUAAAACUACAACUACGAAAUACAUCGAUUGUUGCUUUGGAUCAAGAAAAGACGUUUAGAGAAUACAAGAAAAAGUUAGUGCUCCAAGGUGCGGACUAUCACUUUUACGACGAUGUCAUUGACAGUGGUCAACUCUCUUACAAUGACAAGAAUCUUGAUAGUGGUCCCAUUCCUCUAAUCUAUCCAAACAACUGUAUCAUCACCAAUAACAACGAUCUUCAAAAAUUAGCUGGUAUUGACAGAACUCAUCUUGUCCUAAAUCCACGUGCUGCUUCAAUCAUUGAACAAAUUCAAGGUCCUUUGGUUAUUAUAUCAGUUAUUGGACCAUAUAGAAGUGGAAAGAGUUAUUUGUUGAAUAGAAUAUUAUCUAAAAAGGUUCCGAGAGGAUUUGAACUUGGACAUACGAUGGAGAGUUGUACAAUGGGUGUAUGGAUGUGGGGUAUUCCUUUUAAACACUCUAUCGUACGUCCAGAUGGAAGAGAAGAAGAGGUGACUGUCAUUCUUUUAGAUACUGAAGGACUGGGUUCAACAAGUAAAUCUACAACUGUUGAAAAUGAUAAUCAAAUCCUCUCACUAUCAAUGUUACUUUCUUCCAACAUUGUCUACAACUCUACGUCGGUACCGACAUAUGCUGAUUUUGAUAAACUCUACUUUAUCACCAAACUAUCUCAAUCGAUUGUCGUUCGCAGAGGAGAGAACCAAAACUCUGACCAAGACAAGCAACACUUUGAUCGAUUCUUUCCAAAUCAUUUUAGUUGGGUGUUUAGAGAUUGUCAUCUCACUCCCUCCUUGGAUGGAGGUAUCACUGAAUGUACUAUGGAAAGAUACAUGGAAGAAAAGGUAUUCCGUCCAGAAGACGUAACUGCAGAUCUACUCGACCAAGAAAAUGCUAUUAAUCGUAACCGUAUUCGUCAAUUCAUUACAAAUACAUUCAAACGUUUCAAUGCCUAUACCAUAACGGCACCAGGUCCUGAAGCUUUGCAAUAUAAUAUCGAAGAUAUUGAAAACCCAUUCACAUCACCUAAAUUCCAUACCGAUGUUGCCAACUUUGUCAAUUCAAUCAAAUCAAACCUUGAAAUUAAAAAAGGUUUAAAAGAAGGUUCAAGAAUGAAUGGUUCUCAAUUAAUUGGACAACUUGGCAUAUAUUUAGAUGAUAUUAAAAAUGGAAAAUCUAUAAAUGUAGAAUCAACAUGGCAUCAAACAUUAAAACUUGGUUAUGAAUCAAUUUUAUUGGAAGCCGUUCAAGCAUUUGAAAAGGAGAUUAACAAACGUAUUCCUUCAUUACCAAUCUCUCAUCAAGAAUUGAUGGACCAUUAUCAACAAUCAAUCAAGAUUUCCGAUAAACUCUUUUCAAAGAUUUUAGAUUUGGAUGCUGAUUUACAAUAUUUUAAAAAAUAUUCUAAAAGAUAUCAUGAUGAAUGUGCAAAAUUUAAUAAUUCAAAUCAAUUAAUUGGAGGAUUUUUAUUAUCUGUACAAUUAAAAAACAAUGAAGCAUCGAUUAUUUAUAAUAGUAAUGUUAUUAGAAUAUUGGUAGAAACUAUUAUCAACCCGGUACUUGGUAAUGUUGAAAGUCCAAAUCAUCAACAACUUGUAAGUGCACUACAAUUGGUUGAAAAAGAGUAUUUUGCCAAAGCAAAGGGUACAAAGAUUGAUGAUAUCUAUAACAACUAUCGUGUUGAAAUUGAUCAAAAGAGUCAAACUUUUCUAUCCUAUCUCAAACAAACCAAUCAAUUCAAAGAUUCAUUGGCCAAUAGUGAGGCAGAUCGUGAAGGCAUGAGAUUACAAAAUAGUAAAUUGAUGCAACGUCAAAGAGAUUUGGAGAUUAACAUCAAGACCAAUCAAGAAGUAUUCCAAACAAGACUCUCUCAAAUGGAAGCAUCAAAGAAUGAUUUACAACAGAGAAUGAAUCAAACAAUCUUGACCAAUGCCAACCAAUACAAUUCUCAUAUUCAACAACUUCAAGGUACCAUCAAUCAUAAUAACAAUGUUGCUAAUCAACAAUAUGCACAAUACCAAAAUCAAAUUAAUGGUCUUAAUAAUCAAAUUGUUGAUCUUCAAAAUAGUCAAUGCAGUGGUGGUGGUGGUGGAGGUUGUAAUAUUCUCUAA